AUGAAAAAACCUUUUUCAAAAUUGAAGGCAACAAAUCCCAAUCAUAUUUCCAAAGUUAAAAAACCAGCUGAAAAAUGUAAUUUACCAAUCAAAUGCUGGGAACUCUUUUUUGAUAAACAAAUGAUUAAAGACAUAGUCAAUUUUACAAACAUAAAAUUAUUAAGUCAACAACCCAAAUUUCAACGAGCUAGAGACUGUGCUACGACUGAUGUUACAGAAAUUCGUGCGUUAUUUGGGCUGUUAUAUCUUGCUGGAGCACUUAAAAUGUCUCGAGUGAAUCUUAAAGAUAUUUGGGCUACAGACGGUACAUCUCCUGAUUAUUUUCGCUGCACGAUGAGUUUCAAUCGCUUUAAUUUAUUACUUCGAGCACUACGAUUUGAUGAUGUAAAUACUCGAAAACAACGAGCAUCACUUGAUAAAUUUGCACCCAUUCGGGAAGUUUGGAAAAAAUUUAACACAUCAUGUCAAGAUAAUUAUACUCCAGGUCAGGUGUUAACUGUUAACGACAUGAUGUCAGCGUUUCGGAGUCGAUGUAGCUUCAAACAGUACAUGCCUAAAAAACCUGAUAAAUAUGGAUUAAAAACAUGGGCUCUUGUUGACUCAGAAAGUUUUUACGUGACUAAAAUGGAGAUGUAUCUUGAAAAACAGCAAAAUAAAACAAAUAAUAAACCGGCCAAUGUCAUUAAACGUAUUGCUGAUUCUGUAUUAAACACUGGUCGAACUUUAGUAAUGAACAAUUGGUUUACUUCAGUACCUCUUAUUCAAGAACUAAAAAAUCAUUAUAAUACAAUUGUCGUGGGUACUGUUCGUAAAAAUAAAACAGAACUACCUCCAGAUUUAGUAGUUACUAAAAAAAAAGAGCAAUUUACAGUAGUUUGUUUGGAUUUCAAAAAGAUGUUAUGCUUGUGUCCUUUGUACCCAGGAAUAAUAAAAAUGUUUUUACUUCAUCGUUACAUUCUUUAG